UCGUCACUUCCUUUCCAGUGCAACAUGAACUUGUACCUCUGGAGGUCUUGUGCUUGGAUUUCCUACAUUCCUUUCCUUUUACCAUGGGGCCCUUUGUUCUGUUUACGUGACGUCACUGUUUGUAAAAAGUCAUCAUUACUGCCAGUCUGGGAUGCUACAAGGCUAAGGCAUGAAGGACGUAUGCAAACCACAGCUGAAAUGUCCAUUUAAUGCUGUCAUCAUUUUACAAAUUUGUUGUUGAAAAGCUAAGACAUUUUAUGAUAAAUGAACUUCAUAAACCAGAGAGCAGCAGCCCGGUUGAGAUAACAGAUCCCACAUUAACAAGCUGUGUGUAUGCUUUGAAGAAAUAAAAAUAUUUUAGUAAAUUCUAUUAAAAUGUGAUGUAAUAAAAUUUGAUCACUGGGUGCACUGGAUGACUAAAAUAAUAAAUAACAGUGAAGAGGAGAUAUUUUCCCAUUUUAAUCCAAAAUGGGAUCAUUUUCUGGGAUACUCCUGAUAUCUACUACUUUUUUCAUGGGAUACGCUUAUCUACAUGUCUUGUGGUCAGACAAUGAGAAUAACAUAAGCAAAACAAACUUCAUUGUGAUCCUAGCUGAUGACAUGGGAUGGGGUGACUUGGCAGCAAACACUGGGACACCUAGAGAUACCCCAAAUCUGGACACAAUGGCACAAGAAGGAAUGAGAUUUACUGAUUUCCAUGCUGCCGCCUCAACGUGUUCCCCAUCUCGUGCUUCCUUGCUCACGGGGAGACUUGGAGUUCGCAAUGGAGUCACACACAACUUUGCAGUCACAUCAGCUGGAGGGCUUCCACUGAAUGAAACCACCUUAGCUGAAGUUUUAAAGGAUGCUGGAUACAUGACCGCUCUAAUCGGUAAGUGGCAUCUAGGACAUCAUAGCAACUACCACCCUAAUUUCCGUGGUUUUGAUUACUACUUUGGAAUACCUUACAGUAAUGACAUGGGUUGUUCUGAUUCACCUGGAUACAACUAUCCCUCCUGCAUGCCUUGUGCAUUUGAUACUGAUAUAGAAAGGAGCGCAGAGAAAGGCUGCUAUGAAGAAAAUGCUUUGCCUGUCUUUGAGAAUACACAGAUUAUAGAGCAGCCGGUGAAUCUAACUAAUCUGGCUGAAAGAUACGUAGAGAAGGCAAUUCAGUUUAUUCAGACAGCCAGUGAAAGUGGCAAGCCUUUUUUCCUCUACAUGGCAUUGGCACACAUGCAUGUCCCACUGCCAAAAAACCUGCACUUUGCAAAUAUGUCAGUGAGGGGUCCUUAUGGAGAUAACCUGAGGGAAAUGGACAGCGUUAUUGGAAAGAUAAAGGACAAAGUUGAUUCCACUGCCAAACAUAACACACUCAUUUGGUUUAGUAGUGAUAAUGGUCCAUGGGAACAGAAAUGUGAAUUUUCAGGAAGUGUUGGCCCAUUCCUUGGAACAUGGCAGUCAGAGCAAGGUGGCAGUUCUGCAAAAAAGACGACUUGGGAAGGAGGCCAUAGAGUUCCUACAGUAGCUUACUGGCCUGGUAGAAUUCCAGCUAAUGUAACAAGCCAUGCUUUACUAAGCAUUUUAGAUAUCUUUCCAACUGUGCUGCACUUAGCAAAUGUAAGCUUCCCACCCAACAGACGGUUUGAUGGAACAAACAUUUGUCCAAUUAUGUUUGGACAGUCACAGAAGGGACAUAAGGUAAUGGACUCUGCUUACCCCAAUGUCAUGUCAGCACAUCAGCCAAGAAGCAGAAUUUACUGUAGAUUAAUCAAUGAAACAUGUUAUGGCUAUGAAGGGCAUUUUCUGGAAGAGGUCUUCCUUAAAAGAAAGGUCCUUUUUCACCCAAACAGUGGAGCAGCUGGCAGAUAUGGAAGGUUGCAGACUGUGCGUUUAGAGAACUAUAAAGCAUUUUAUAUUACAGGUGGUGCAAAAUCCUGUGAUGGCAGUACUGGGCAAGAACAAUGGCAUGAACCACCACUGAUUUUUAACCUUAAGGAAGAUGUUGGAGAACAUACACCUCUGGAUAGCAACAGCACAGAGUUUCAGAACAUAAUGUCACAGAUCACAGACUCUCUCAAUGAUAUACUUGCAGACAUUGCAACUGAUAACGUAUCUAUGGCAGACUAUUCCCAUGAUCCCACUGUUGUCCCAUGCUGCAAUCCAAAGCAUACUGUAUGCAGGUGUAAUAUCGUCUAGACUCAUGUAAAAAAAAGUGCAUAUCUUGCAGAAGUCCUGUACUAAUAAUACCGUGAUUCCACAACACUUUGUACGUAAUGGAAAAGGUGCUUCCUGCUGUUUCAGAACUUCACUUAAGUUUACUUUGUACUUUAAAUUCACCUAAUGAAACACAGACUGACUAAGCAUAACUACUGACUUUCAGAGUGAUCUGGUGUUUUAUUCUGGUUCUGUAUUUUCUUCAUAUUCACACAGUAUGGUAUGUGAAGUUUGAAAAUUAUACUCACCUCUGCAUCUCAUUACCACAACAUGCCAAACUGCUUGCCAGUUUUCUCUCCUUAUUCUCUGUAAACAAUUUCCUUUUUCCCUUCUACUUUCUUUAUCCUUUUCCAAUAAAGCUGCUGACAGAUAUUGUCUGGAAGCAUAGAGAUCUGAUGCACUUCUUUGCGAGAGAUGCUCACCUUACUGGCACUACAUAGCAACAUAAAGAGCCAUUAAAUACACAAAUUGGGACUGCACUCC